AUGCUGGGCGUAGUGGAGCUGCUGCUGCUAGGGGCUGCGUGGCUGGCCGGCCCGGCCCGCGGGCAGAAUGAGACGGAGCCCAUCGUGCUGGAGGGCAAGUGCCUGGUGGUGUGCGACUCCAACCCCACGUCCGAUCCCACGGGCACAGCUCUGGGCAUCUCUGUGCGCUCCGGCAGCGCCAAGGUGGCUUUCUCUGCCAUCAGGAGCACCAAUCACGAGCCGUCCGAGAUGAGUAAUCGCACCAUGAUCAUCUACUUCGACCAGGUGCUAGUGAACAUCGGGAACAACUUUGAUUCAGAACGCAGCACUUUCAUCGCCCCGCGCAAAGGGAUCUACAGUUUUAACUUCCACGUGGUAAAAGUCUACAACAGACAGACCAUCCAGGUGAGCCUCAUGUUAAACGGGUGGCCCGUGAUUUCAGCCUUCGCUGGUGACCAGGACGUGACCCGGGAGGCCGCCAGCAAUGGAGUCCUAAUCCAAAUGGAGAAAGGCGACCGAGCAUACCUCAAGCUGGAGCGGGGGAACUUGAUGGGGGGCUGGAAGUACUCGACCUUCUCCGGAUUCCUCGUGUUUCCCCUCUGA